UACAGUCCCCAAGCAAAUAUUCUGCUACUUCUAUAUUCUUCUUGUGGCAAUAAUUUCUUUUAAAAUAAAUUAUUGCAAAAAAGACUAACAAGAAAACAACAAAGUUGCAAAGACAACCAAGUCAGUGGCUACUGAGAGUUCAAACAAAGACAAGCUGCCAUUAGAGAGGUUUCUUAACUCUGAAUCUGAAACAGUUUUCUACGUUUUUUUUACUAAAGUACUGCUUUCUACUUAUUAUAACUUUAGUGUCUAAGCUCUGGGGGAGUGUAAACAGCACAAGACUGCUCGUCUAGGUUGGAGUUUUUUAUUUUUUAUUUUUAUGCUCAGAUGAAUCCUGAUAGAUGUUUUGGAGGCUCGCUUCUGGUUCUAAUUGGCAUGUUUACCAAUGUGCUAGGUGCAUUCAUUGGGAUAAACAUUGGUACUGAUGUUUCCAGCAUGCCGUCAGCUUCUGAAGUUGUUUCUAUCAUCAAAACCCAUCGAAUCACUCAUGUACGACUUUAUGAUGCUGACUCUCACAUGCUGAAGGCACUUGCUGACAGUGGGAUUGAAGUUACAGUGGGCGUGACAAACGAGGAAGUUCUUGGAAUUGGAGAAUCCGCAUCAGCUGCAGCAGCCUGGGUCAACAAAAAUGUAGCAUCCUAUGUGCCUUCAACCAACAUUACAGCCAUUGCUGUUGGCAGUGAGGUUCUUACAUCAAUUCCUCAUGCUGCCCCAAUUUUAGUUACUGCUAUGAAUAACCUCCAUAAAGCUCUUGUGGCUUCUAAUCUAAAUUUUCAAGUUAAAGUUUCGAGCCCCCAACCCUUGGACAUAAUCCCCGAGCCUUUCCCCCCUUGUACUGCUGCCUUUAAUUCCUCACCCAACUCUACAGUAUACCAGCUUCUUCAGUUUUUGAAUAACACUAACUCCUAUUUUAUGUUAAAUGCAUAUCCCUAUUAUGGUUACACUAAUGGAAAUGGCAUUUUUCCAAUUGAUUAUGCACUUUUCAAACCUCUCCCCUCAGUCAAACAAAUUGUUGACCCAAACACUCUCUUCCACUAUAACAGCAUGUUCGAUGUGAUGGUUGAUGCAACCUAUUAUUCUAUGGAUGCUCUCAAUUUUUCUGGGAUCCCUAUUGUUGUCACUGAAACAGGAUGGCCUUGGCAAGGUGGACCCAAUGAACCUGAUGCCACUGUUGAAAAUGCUGGGACCUUCAUUAAUUAUUUGAUUCGGCGAGUUUCCAAUGAUUCAGGCCCUCCCAGUCGGCCAAAUAUUCCCAUCAACACAUACAUUUACGAAUUGUUUAAUGAAGACAAGAGACCUGGGCCUGUCUCUGAGAAGAAUUGGGGGGUGCUUUAUACGAAUGGCACUGCUGUUUUUCCUUUGAGUUUUAGUGGUUCUAGUCAGAUUAUGGGAAAUGCUACGACAGUUUUCUGUGUUGCAAAAGACGAUGCCAGUGAAGGUAAGUUGCAAGAUGGGCUUAACUGGGCAUGUGGGCAAGGCCAGGCCAAUUGCAGUGUUAUACAAUCAGGGCAGCCAUGUUAUCUCCCAAAUAACACCAAGAACCAUGCAUCUUAUGCUUACAAUGACUAUUAUCAAAGAAUGCAUACCGUUGGUGCAACAUGUGAUUUUGGUGGGACAGCCACAAUUACCAGUAAUGAUCCAAGUUAUAGGUCCUGUAUAUUUACGGGAAGUUCUAAUUCGAGUGCCAGGGAAGGGCUUUUGCCUCCUGGAGCAUUUGGUCCCGUAAGUCCAUUGGGUGAGAGUAUGAAGCUUUUAGUGUCGAAGGUUCGAUAUGUAAUCUCAGCCGCUUGUCUUUUGAUAAUCUUGCUAUGACAUCGGAAACCUUGUUCGGGCCGAAGAUCAUUAUGUAAUGAAAUCCGCGAGCAAAGCCCCAUGAUAGCUGAUGGUUACUUUUGCCUUUGAUGGAGCAGGGUGGUAUUCAGUUGUUAAUCUUGCUUCCUCUUUAUCUGCUCUAGGGUUCAUUCCGUUAUUUGAUCUCGAAGGUUAGCAAGCAGGCACCCAUUUCUAGCCAUGAUUUUUGAAAUAUUAUAACUAAACUUGGAUUUUUUCUUUUAAAAAAAUUUAUUUUAAGUGACAUUGAACAAUGGAAAAAUGCGAUUCUAGCUCGCUGCUGUUUAUUUGCUUGUUUGUACGAUCAGCACUUAAGACCAUUAAUUUAAAAACUUGAGAGUGGACCGGUGGAAUUAGAACUAGUGGCCCGGUUUGAACCA